AUGAACCUAAAGUACUCCUCGCUGAACAAGACCCUGCCGCCUGGUAUUCAACAACAGCAGCAGGCAGAGGCCGCGAGCAAACAAAGAGCGGCUCAUGCCCAGUCUGCCGCUCAAAGCGCUUAUACGAUGCAAAUGAACCAAUACCACCCGAGUCCCGCUCACGCCCAGCCCCCGCCUCCGAUGUACAGUGGAAUGUACGCUGGGCACCAGCAAGCGGCGCCCCCGCCAUAUCCUACACAACCACCAGCAUAUGGACAUCAGAUGAACUUGAUACCGGGUCAGAUGCCUCAGGGACAGAUGCCGCAGGGACAGUACGCGCCUUCGCAGAGCCUUUAUGCGCAAGCAACAACCAGAGCCGGCCGGCAACGUGCGUCAACGAUGGACCCUCAGGGUAUUCCUCCUACCAUCCAGCGCGUUGCAAGCCACCUCGACCCGAAUGCGCCUAUUCGGCUGCAGCCAAGCCCUGCGUACUACCCUCCUCCUGCAGAUGGGUAUGUUGAUCCCAAUUCUGCCAACCAGAGGAGACGAGGUAGCCGCGCUGGUGCGACGCGAAAUAGAGACUUCAUUCGCACGCUGGAAGAUGGUGUGAUGGGGGACAACUUCAUGAACCAGAACCAGUGGCACUAG